GCUUUAUGUGUCUAAUUCGAAGGAUUUAGGAUAUUCUGACAUUUGAAAAGCAGUUUUUUCUUCCGCCAUGUAUACCGGUAACUGGCAUCACCUAAAAACAGUUGCACGUCGGUCAGAUUUCAAUGUAACAUAGGAAGGUGGUCAUUUGGUUGCAACCGCUGCGGAGACGAUACUCUCUAUCCAGCCCCGAAGCAGCACAUGGACGCCGAAAGACGCAAUUAUGGCAGAAAAGGAGGAUGUAUAUGGUUUUCUUCGCAGUAGAGGGGUGACUGAGGACACCGUAAAGAGCAUGAUCGAAGAGAAGAUAGACCAAGCAACGAUAACAAAAAUGGAUGACAGCACAUUGGAGAAAUUCCUGCCAGCCCUUGGUGAUAGGAUUGCAUUGAGGCAUCACUGUGGUAACAACAACCAGGAAAGACAAUCAAGGAAACUUAACCUUCUAGACAAACUCAGGAAGAAAAUGAAACUUAGAAACCCUUCAAACGCCCUAGAGGACUCUGGUGAAGAGGAGGAAAGUAUGACCAGAAAAGUGCCACAGCAUGGAAACAAAAAAAUGCUUGCAAGGAUACAAGACGAAUUGAGCUGGGAUGGGUACACAAUAAAAAACAAGUGAGAACCAAAUUUGGGGGUGGGACAAGAAAGGUGGUUGUUCCAAAAAAUGCUGACUAUGAAGACCUCAUCAAGUUAGGAAAGGAGCUGUUUUUCCCUGCAGGUCAGUCAAAGAAAGGUCCUCUUGACAGUUUCAUUUUCAGCAUUUUGGACUUUCAAGAGAAUGAGAUGCCACAUGACACCAACAUUGGGGAGUUGUAUGAAACGGUGAAACUAGGAGUACUAAGAAUCUAUUUAGGUACAUUUGAUCGUGAAGAAUCUGAAGCUUCUUCUGAGGAUCUUCAAACUCCAGAUGCACCACCAGAUCCUGAAACACUAGAUACACCACCAGAUCUUGAAACACUAGAUGCACCAUCAGAUCCUGAAACAUCAGAUGCACCACCGGAUCUUGAAACUACAGAUGCACCACCAGAAAGCACGGAUGACUGCUACAUAACAAGUGUGACCAAUUUGUCAGCUGAUGACGAAAUACAGUUUGGUCCAGUGGACAAUCCUGACUACAACUCCGAAGAUACUCUUCCCUUGGAUGAACCUCAAGCAGACAUAUCCCCUCUGUCACCAGAGGAAGCACAUGUGGCAACUCAUCCAAAUGUAGCUCCGAAAGUGCUGAGACUGCAUCGGGUGAAUAUUGUCUCUGAUAUGGUGGAACAGUUCAAAGAUAGCAGUUUCAUGGAGGCCAACCUGUCAGUUACCUUUAUAAAUGAAAGUGGCAUUGAUGCUUCUGGCGUUGCCAGGGAUGCCUACUCCUGUUUUUGGGAAAUGUUUUUCCUGAAUUGUGCGGAUGGGGAAGCAGAGUAUGUCCCAGCACUUCAGCCCGAAUAUGGUAGAGAGGAAUGGGAGGCAAUAGGUAGAAUUCUGAUGAAGGGAUACAAGGAUCAUGGAUUCUUUCCAAUCAAGCUGUCCUUGGCCUUCACAGUAUGCCUCAUUCAUGGAGAAAACAAAGUGACAGAAGAGAUGCUGUUUGAAUCUUUUUUGAGGUUUGUUACUCCUUUUGAAAAAGACAUCGUCAACGCCGUGCUUGAAGGAAGGCCAUACAGUGAGGACGACCUGCUCGACAUGCUCUCCAGAAUGGGGGGGCACACUGCACCUGAUGGAGACACUGUUAAGGACAGCAUUGUGCACACUGCACACAAACAGUUAAUUCAAGAGCCAAUGUAUGCGCUGAAAAUGAUGGCUGCUACUGCUCAGGUUACUUUAAAAAGUCUGCUUCCGACUGUGUCUGCUGUUACAGCCCUGUAUAAAAACAAGGUUCCAACAGCAACAGGGAUUAUAGCGUUACUCAGAUUUGACGAGAAGCAACCCUCUCACAGCAAAACAAUGCAGUUCUUGAAGCUGUUCAUUCGAUCACUUGACAAAGAUAAGCUGCAUACAUUUCUGCGAUUUACCACUGGCUCUGAUGUUAUCUGUGUUUCACACAUUGAUGUUGAGUUUACUGAUGUCAGGGGUUUACAGAGAUGCCCAGUGGUUCAUACAUGUGGUCCUCUAUUACAGAUACCCUGCACAUACAGCACUUACUCUGAAUUUCGAAGAGAAUUUGUCAGUGUUUUGGAGGCAAACUACUUAAAAAUGGAUCUGCUGUAAAGGUGAAAAAAGGCUAUAGGACAUAGGUCUUUUUUUCCUUUUAUGCCUGAUAAUGUGAGUUUAAGAUUUGUAAAGUCAGUAUGACUGUUGUUUUGUUUUUAUUUUGUGCCGAUCGUCGGGCAAAGUUCCUUCAACUUCUCUAUAAUGUUGAAUUUGUCCUUUGACAUUUUGUUUGAGAUAAACAGUAUGGUUACCUGGUAUAUACACUGCAGAUAUAUGUUUUUUUCCUUUUAUGCCUGAUAAUGUGAGAUUAAGAUUUGUAAAGUCAGUAUGACUGUUGUUUUGUUUUUAUUUUGUGCCGAUCGUCGGGCAAAGUUCCUUCAACUUCUCUAUAAUGUUGAAUUUGUCCUUUGACAUUUUGUUUGAGAUAAACAGUAUGGUUACCUGGUAUAUACACUGCAGAUAUAUGUUUUUUUCCUUUUAUGCCUGAUAAUGUGAGAUUAAGAUUUGUAAAGUCAGUAUGACUGUUGUUUCGUUUUUAUUUUGUGCUGAUCAUCGGGCAAAGUGCCUUCAACUUCUCUGUAAUGUUGAAUUUGUCCUUUGACAUUUUGUCUGAGAUAAAGAUUGUUCAAGACUU